CUGAGGUACGCCAGAAACCUAACUCCCCCGCUCUUCGCCUUGGCUGGGAAACAAGAGCGAGCGAUUCAUCUGGGGAGUUGAAUAAGCAAAAAAAAAGAGAGAGAGAGAGAGAGAGAGAACCCAACCCCAGCAGGAACGCUCACCCACAUAGCCUCGGAUUCAGGGAACUGGGUUGGGGAAGGAGGUGGGGAGGGGGGAAGGCUCGGCUUCAGCCUCUUGCCGAGCCUUGCUUCAAAAAAGCACGUGGAAGUCGCAGUCGAGGACACGACUGCUGCCUCCUGGAAGCACAAACCAUUUUGCAGAGCGCGGUGGCUCAGGAGUCGGCAAGCACGCGCGCGCGCUCUUCUCUCUCUCUCUCUCUCUCUCUCUCUCUCUCACACACACACACACACACAACACACACAGAGGCAGGAGAAGAGGGGGGACGUUGGGGAGGAUUCCCUCGUCGCGCACAGCCGGCUUGCUACCCAUCGCCCCCUUUCUAGUUAUUUAUUAUUAUUAUUAUUAUUUGCUCGAUUUGGGAGAGCCCCAGCGCUCCUUCCCUACGAAAGCGAGCAAGCGAACCCAACGCGCAACUCUUCAUUGCCUUCCUCGAGGCGAUUCCUUAUCUCCCCUCUUUUUAUUUUUUAUUUUUUUUAAUAUAUAUAUAUAUUUGGGCAACCCGAGGACCAGGUUUGCGCUAAUAACGGGGGGACGUCGGAAGAGAGAGAGAGAGAGACCCAGCAUGGAUAACAAUUCCGGUGGCGUGAUCCUGUAUGUGGGUUCAACAGCUGGUUCCAGCCCCACUCCAGGCAGCCCUCCCAGUGGAUACCUGGUGUCUUCACCCCAACACUCGCUGCCAUCCUCGUUAGAAGAGCUGACCCUCACCGAGAUUGGAGCCAUCAAGCCACAGCAGGCCAGCUCCCCCUCUUCACCCAAGGUAGCCUUCCAGUUUCCCGAAGGGAUCUGCUACCCCAGCAAGGGCCAGCUCCCCCCAACACCAAAUAAGGUGCCUGCCACCAAGCAGAAUGGAGCUACCAGCACUUUCACAAAGACUGGUGGGAUGGUGUUGCUUUGCAAAGUUUGUGGAGACAUUGCUUCAGGCUUCCACUACGGGGUUCAUGCUUGUGAAGGAUGUAAGGGUUUUUUCCGCCGGAGCAUCCAGCAGAACAUCAACUACAAGAUGUGUGUGAAGAAUGAAAAUUGCAUGAUCAUGCGUAUGAAUCGCAACCGCUGCCAGCAUUGCCGCUUCAAGAAAUGUCUGGCGGUGGGGAUGUCAAGAGAUGCUGUGCGUUUUGGGCGCAUCCCUAAGCGAGAGAAGCAGCGCCUGUUGGAUGAGAUGCAAAGCUACAUGAACAGCCUGAAUGAGGUCCCCAUGGAUGUGGGCCUGAGCUCUGAGGCGGAUGCUCCACCCAGCCCUAACACCCAGGAAGAGGAGGCAAUAAAUGCCAUCUCCAGGGCUUACCACGACAUCUUCCUCAGCGGGCAGGACCGUCUGGGCAGGCGUAGUAGCUCCCCAGGGGCCGAGGCUGCCCCUUUGACCAACUACAACGAAAAGCCGCAGCUGAAUCAUUCCCUGGGUUAUGGGCAAUACGAAUCAGCCACUCUUCGCCUCUCCAGCUACAACCCUCAAGAACCAUCCUGUUAUGUUGACAACAGUCCCUCAUGCUAUGGCAAUGAAAUCUUCCAGACCCAGCAGGCCAAUUAUCUGCAAAAUGCUGGAUGCUACCCAUCCUUUGAUUUUGGUUAUUCUGAGGAAAGUGCCCAGAGGAGCUGUCCAUGGCGGGGAACCACCAGAAGAGGCAUUGCUUGUCCUCUGAAUGCCACCCCUUAUUGUGGCAGUGGCAAGAGCAGUCAGCAAGUGUGGGAAGAGUUCUUACAAUGCUUCACACCAGCUGUCAAGGAGGUGGUCGAGUUUGCCAAGAGCAUCCCGGGCUUCCAGUCGCUCUGCCAGCAGGAUCAAGUCAUGCUCCUCAAAGCGGGCACUUUCCAGGUGCUGAUGGUGCGCUUCUCCACCCUCUUCAGUCCCAAGGAGAAGAAAGUAACAUUUCUGAGUGGGGAAACAUAUUCACUCGGCAGUCUGCGUUCCAUGGGCAUGGGCUCUCUGCUGGAUGCCAUGUUUGAGUUCAGCGAGAAGCUCAGUUCCUUGAGCUUAGAUGCACAGGAGAUGGCCCUCUUCAUGGCUGUGGUCCUUGUCUCAGCAGAUCGCUCUGGGAUCUCUGAUGUGGAUGCUGUUGAAAUUCUUCAGGAGACUUUAAUCCGGGCCUUGAGAACUCUAGUAACCAAGAAGCAUCCGGAUGAUUCCACGCUUUUCCCCAAGCUGCUUCUUCGUCUCCCUGACUUGAGAACUCUCAACAAGCAGCAUUCAGAGAAACCUCUUGCCUUCUGGAUCAACCCUUAAUUCCAGCACAUCGAUCUCAAAAGCCCCUAAGACUUUAGGAAAGAAAGAAAAAAAAAAAUCCACCAUCAAGUAAAUUUACUGCAGCGGACUAAAUGUUGCUCUUUGGGAAAUGACUGUAAUGAUGAAAUAAGAGGUGUAGAAAGGACACAACAAAGGCAGGAAGCCCACGGCCCCUGGCAGCUUGUUGGAGUAGAUCCAGUGAGGAGAGAGAUGGGAUAAAGGAGGAAGGAUGCAUUUCCCAGAUAGCGCUCUCCACAGCACAAUGCAGACUGAAGAUCAUUUACGUGCCAAGAGAGAUCAGGCAAACAAACUGGACACAUCUGUUAUUUCUAAACGGGUGUGGGUGUGUAUACACACGCAUGCAUAUAUUCACACAUAUAUUUCCAUACAGUGUUGUUUUGAGGCUCUACCCUGUAUAUAAAAAAAGCACCAGCUUCAUUGUACAUAACAGUAAUCCUUGGUAGCUCUUGAGGGUGGGGCAAAUGUAGGACCACCUGGUAAGGCAGUUACUCCCAAACCUAGCUUCCUUAAUCUGCACGCUAGUGUAGCCCCAAUCUCAAAACUUCUUUUUCUUUUCCUUUGCUAGCCUCUGUUCCCUUGCUGCUGUUCUCAGAAAGUGUGUACACACAUACACACACAAAAGAGAUUUUACCAAGUAGAUGGUCUCAUCAAAUAGGAACUAGAACUACUCAAGUUUUCCACCUCCAUCCCCAUCUCAUCUCGGCAACCAAUUAAGCAAAGCCCCGAUUCUCUUUCAUCAUGUCAGGUAUGAGUGCCUAGGUAAUACAUAUUUCAUAAAGAUCUCAAAACAAAAAUACAAAAGGUCUUCCACCAGUUCAUGGCAGAUUUGCUCUCCCUUCUCGGUUGCGACUACAGCAAAUUAAAGAGAGGUCGUUAAGAGGAGGAAACCUAUGGAGAUGCUGUCAGUUGAUUGGAGGUCUAGUUUCUCAGCAAGCGAUAGGAGCUUGAUUGUAGUUGGAUGAUUCAAAAGAGCCACAGGUAGUCCUUGACUUAACAAUAGUUUAUUUAGGUUUUAGGUUUAGGUUUUAUUAAAUUUGUAUACCGCCCUACUCCCGAAGGACUCAGAGCGGUGAACAGGCACAGGAUAAAAUACAGAAAUACAAAAGUUAAAAACAAUUUAAAACCAAAUUAAAUAAUUUGGCCCACGACAAUUAAAAUCCCAAUAAAUUUAAAACAAAUUAAAAUUUCAAUUUAAAAUUUAAAAGAAAGGGGAGAAAAAUUAGGCCAGGCCGGCUUGCUGGAAUAAGAGGGUCUUAAGAGCACGGUGGAAGGUGCGCAGAUCCGGGAUCCUCCAUAUCUCCGGGGGGGAGCUCGUUCCAGAUAGUGGGUGCCCCCACAGAGAAGGCCCUCCCCCUGGGGGCCGCCAGUCAACACUGCUUGGCUGACGGCACCCGGAGGAGCCCCUCUAUGAGAGCGUACCGGCCGGUGGGAGGCUAUUUGUGGUAGUAGGCGGUCCUGUAAAUAACCAGGUCCUAAGCCGAAGUUAUGUAUUUAGAUGUAUUUAGUGACCGAAGAUGUAUUUAGUGACCGAAGUUAGAAUGGCACUGAAAAAAAAGUGACUUAUGACCAUUUUUCACACGACAUUGCAACAUCCCCAUGGUCAAAUGAUCCAAAUUCAGAUGCUUGGCAACUGAUUUAUAUUUAUGAUGGUUGCAGUGUUCUCGGAUCCUGUAAUCACCUUUUGUGACCUUUUGACAAGCAAAGUCAAUGGGGAAGCCAGAUUUCCUUAACAAACAUGUGACUAAUUUAACAACCGUAGCAAGAAAGGUUCGUAAAAUGGGCCAAAACUCACUUAACAAAUGUCUCACUUAACAGCAGAAAUUUGGGGCUCAAUUCUGGUCGUAAGUUGAGGACUACCUCCAUUGAAAGAGAGAAAGAGAUUUGGAUUAGCCAGUCUUCCUUUCAUCUCUAUAAGGUUCAGCCAUAAGGAAGAAAGGGCUAAGCAGAGCAAACACUCCGAAGACUUUUCUGCUCAGCUUUUCGGAUUAUUUCUGGGCUUUGGUGCUUUUCUAUCUGUUCCCUUUAAAGGGUGAAGUUUGAGAUAUUUCAUCCUAGAAACCCUUGGCCUCUCAUUUUAAUUCCAAAUCCCAUUCCCUUUUUAAGGAUGGGGCCAAGAAUCCCAAACCCUCUCCAAGCUGCCUUUCUUAUUCUAUUCAGCACCGUCUUUUAUUAUAGAUUUCCCAUAUAAACCCAAGAGUUUUUUGACUAAUUCACCCACUCAUCAGUAGACUGCCUUCCUUGGGGAGUGGUGUGUUCUUUGCACUUUAUAUUACUUUUCUUUUAAGCAACCAGAUUCUGUGCCAAGCAAUGUGUAAAUUAUGACCUGAGUAAAUUAUUCAACAUAAACAGAUGCCGUAUUUGUUUAUUCUGCAUAAUUUAUUCUGCUUCCACUAAUCACGGACAGUGAAGGUGGCACUGGAAGCUAUGUUGAAUACUGAAGUUUCAUCCUCUGAUCUCUAAAAAUUCUGUGGUUUUUCUGGAUUUCUGAGACUGUACAUCACAAUGGCACAUCAGUGUCUCAUGCAAUAUGUAUAUGGUUUGGAGCACCAAAGGGUCACAUGGGUAUGUAGAUUCAAUUGCACUCUCUGGGUUUGUUUGUUUUUAUUAUUAUUAUUUAUGCCCGAUUGUGACACAGCAUUGGAGAAACGGCUCUGACGGGCAUUUGGGGCUUUGGAUUUUGCUGAAGCCCAACUUGGAAAGAAUAGAAAACGUAUUUUCCCACAACAAAUAGAAACAGAAUGAAAGUGGAGAUGUUCAGGAUGCUAACUUCUGUAACCCCAAAUUCUGUGCUCAGAACAAAGAUGCAACCGCAAAUGCACGGAUUUAAUAGACUUGAGAGCUCUAGCCCUUGAGAACCUAGGAUCUAUUUUUCCCCAUAUCGAAUUACAAAUUUAAAAGAGGAAGCCGACCCAUUGGGAUAUUUUUAAAAGACUUGGAGAUGACCAAAAAAAAAAAAAGUGGGGGGGGGAUCCUGGACUCCCUCUUCUCUCCAGUAGGAUCUCCCAGUGUCCCUGUCUGGUUGUGGUCAGCCCUGCCUGGUUCUCUACAUUGAUAUAUGACAGGCUUUCCAUCCCAUUUACAGGAGUUCUCAUAGCAUGUUUGAAUCACCCUCCUGUUGCAUGAUGUGGGGAAUAUUUGGUGUUCUUUGCAGGGUGGGAGGGACACUUGCUGCUGCUGUUCAACACUGCUUUGAAAUGAAACCAAACGUUGCACUUUUUCUUAGAGAUGUAUGUAGGAACAAAGAGUCCCCUCCCUAAAUUGAAGUAUAUUUGCUGCAAUGGGAAAAUGGAGAGGGGUUUAUUUGCUGCUGCUGCUGCUGCUACUGCUACUGCUGGGAGUCCAAAAGACUCGUUAAAGAUGCUGGCAAGGCAGAGAAAAGAGAGAAUUUAUUUUUUGUCUAAAAUUGAAGUGCAAUAAAGACAUGAAAAAGAUAAAUAAAAUAAAUAUUUGCUAACA